AUGGAUUCGCCAUUGAACAACGCCGCGAUGGGCUCUGCCGUGCCUAACGUGCUUCGACCCGGAGGCUCUCGCAGCACGCCCCUAGGCCUUGCCGACAUCCGCCCGCGAGCGGAUUCUAGCCUCUCCGAUGGCAUGCCUUCGAACUACGAGUCGUCUAAUGCGCAACCGGGCACGAGCAAUUAUCUUGCGCCUUGGGCGGUCUACGCUUUCGACUGGUGCAAGUGGCCGUCGCAAGGCAGUGGUGCAGGGAAGAUUGCACUGGGCAGCUAUCUUGAGGACGGACACAACUUUAUCCAAAUCCUCGACACCCAAAUAGCACCGACCCCGGCAGACGCCUUCGCCUCGGGCGGCUCCAAGUACACGAUGGAGUUCACUAAGAUUGCCGAGGCCACGCACUCGUACCCGGUGACGCGAUUGCUUUGGGAGCCGCCGUCAUCGCAGAAGCAGUCUACUGACCUGCUCGCGACGUCUGGAGACCAUCUCAGGCUGUGGUCGCUGCCGGCCGAUACCCCGGCCCCGUCCAACAACUCGAUCACGAGGAACGCCAGAGAUGCGCCCACUACCAAACUGACGCCCCUGGCCUUGCUUUCCAACUCCAAGACCCCCGACCACACCGCCCCGCUCACCUCACUGGACUGGAACACUGUCUCCCCUAGUCUGAUCAUCACCUCAAGCAUCGAUACUACCUGCACCAUCUGGGACAUUCCCUCCCUUACCGCCAAGACGCAACUAAUCGCGCAUGAUAAGGAGGUGUACGAUGUACGCUUUUGCGCCAACAGCGUUGACGUCUUUGUGAGCUGUGGCCAGGACGGUAGCGUUCGCAUGUUUGACUUGCGGAGUUUGGAGCACAGCACUAUCAUCUAUGAGCCCACGGGCAAGGAUGACAACAGACUAGAUACCCCCGGCGGCAGGAUCAGUCCCACGCUGGCCCAACAGACCAUGUCACACCCGCCUCCUCUCCUUCGUCUGGCCACUUCUCCUCAUGACACCCACCUUCUAGCCACCUUUGCCCAGGACUCGAAUGUUAUCCGCAUCCUUGAUGUCAGGCAACCGGGACAGGCUCUGCUCGAGCUCCGCGGGCACGGGGGAGCCCUCAACUGUGUCGACUGGUCACCACACAGAAGAGGUACGCUGGCGUCUGGUGCCGACGACUGCGAGGUUCUGAUCUGGGACCUGCUCAAUGCAAACUCGUCACCCUCCAGUCAGGCGCAGCCCCCUAACGGCGGUGCGGCAGCGGAUAGCGCUAGGAGCCCAGUCGCUGGUUGGCAAUGUGACUACGAGGUAGGCAACCUAGGCUGGGUCCCUCACCUAAAUAACGAAUACGGCGAGUGGCUGGGUGUCAGCGGAGGACGUGGUGUCUGGGGCGUUCGGCUUGGAUGA